AGCUGAAGCCCAGCUCUGGAUUCCUAACUCAUCAGAUGCUGCUGGAAACCACCAGAGGAACACAGGGGAAAGAGGAUGAGAUCACUGUCCUGUACGCAUUCAUCCGAUUGCAGGAGCACUCAGGCAAAAACAGAGAUGCAAGUAGUUGACUUCUGAGGAAUGGCGCUGAGCGACCUCCUUUAUCCAGAUAACCCCAAGAGACGACAAGAAUUGAUCCAUCUGCACCAGGAAUUGCUUGACUGCAUGUCCAUGAAUUUCCACGCAACAAAUGAGCUGGCUGGAGUUCUGAAUACACACCUGGGAUGUACUAUUAGCCACAUCAAGAUGAGAGAGAGCAGCACUGUCAAGGAAAACUGUGACAUUAUCAUUCAAGCGAUGAGUGAGAUUCAGCGUCAGGUACAGAAGAUUGAUAGUGACAUGAAGGAGAAGCUAGAGCCUGUGCUAUACCAGAAGCUGUAUGACAUCAAAGAGCCUGAACUGGAGAAAAUUGCAAUAGCCCAUAGAGUUUUUUCCAUCAUUCUCGGAGAAGCAACUUCUACAGCUGGGAUGGUAGCUAUCAAGCUAAUUGGCUCCAACCUUAUAACUCUCACUGUUAGCAAACUCGUCAGCCUCCUUGCCCAGAUCGGGGCAUCCGUUCUUGGGGGAAUCAGCAUCACCAUUCUUGGGCUCGGCAUUGAAAUGAUCCUCCAUGCCAUCCUGGGAGCUGUGGAGAGGAAUCAGCUUCUGGCUGCCGUGAGAAGCUAUGAGGAGCAUCUGGCUGAGUUUAAAGAAGCCUCAGAAAAAUACCAGCGUGCCAUACAUGAAGUGACUUCUUCAGUCAGACAGCAGGUUCAGUGAAAGAAGUCAGUGUUCUCUUUCCUGCUGUGACAAUGACUGCAGCAGCUACUUCUGCAGAUUUGUUGUUGUUGUUGUUGUUUGUUUGUUUCAUUACAGUAGGUCAUCUUUGGAUUUUUUUUUUUUUUUUUUUUUUUUUCUUAUUAGUGGCAGCAGAGCAAAAGAUGUGUCAGAUCAGAGAACUGGCACAGAAAUAUGUUAAUAGUGAACUAGCUUAAAGGUGCUCCUGGGAGGCAACAGUUUAAAUACUUGGCACCUUUUCAGCUGUUUUCCAGAAUGCAUUGUAGAUAACCUUGAAACGUUAUUAGUAGCGGUGACAAUAAUAUUCACCGCUGGAACAGUAGCGGUGAGAAGGUGUGAUUUUUCUCUUACUGAGUUGCUUUGUCAAAACGACAUCAUGAUGGGAGACAAUUAUUUCAACAAAGCAUUCCAUAUCCUCAUCUAGAUGGUUCAUCAGAACAGGUGCAGUUGCUAAACUCUCUUAAUGUGGAUUUGUUCUAAAUCUGAUAGGCUCAAUUCCCUGUUCACAGAAGCGAUGACAAGGACUAGCUGAAGCACAUUUCCUGUCCCAUUCCUGCCUCAGGAGCCAGCCAGAGAUCUUUAAAUAAAAUCUAAUGCCAGCAGAUUAACAGACAAGAAAAUCAUGGGCCUACAGCCAAACACACACAACCUGGCCCCACAGUUGAGGGAAAGCAGCUGUAGAGCAGCAGGCGUGUCUGACUGUGAGUAACCUCUCAUGCUCGGUAUUGCCCUGCUCCUGCUCACCCACAGGUGAACGUUUCUGUGCACAGCUGCUGCUCUGUUUAUUGACAUGGCACCAUGCACUUAAACAAGGGUUUGUAGGAUUACAGCCCUAUUAAUGUGCUGAAUUUGUUUUCAAGUCCUUUACAAGCCACCAAUGCGGGACUGCCAAGAACAUGCACAGAUUCUUCUUUUUGCAGUGUGCCAUCAAAUGUCCUUAUUUUGCAGAUUUUAAAAAGAAAGCUAGAAGAACAUGAUUUGCUGUCAAGCUCUGAUUUGCGUAGAAUGCCUGUUUUUGUUUUGAUCUUUGAAGAAAAAAAUAAUAAAAAUAUCUAUUUUAAGA